CAGCAAGGACUGCAACCAAUCACUGCAACCUCUGCUACUAAGCAGAGCAACCUCUGCUACCAAGCACUGCAACCUCUGCUACUAAGCAGAGCAACCUCUGCUACCUAACACAGAUAACUGAGAAACCAGGAGCUACCAUCCUCACAACCAUGGAUACCAUUCCCUCCAUGCAGGAUAUGCACGCGGUGUGCCAGGGCACGCGACGAGACUCGGCGGCCGACGAAGAUGAACAGAUGGAGAAGCUCUUCGACGACAUAGACGAUAACGAGACGUCAGCACUGCUGCCUGAUCUGACUGGCACGAUACCCACGGUGAAGGUGUCGCCGCCUGCAGAAGAUGGGGCUGCCUCUGAGCCAGUGACUGAAGUUUGCCCUGCCACCGUCUGGACCUCGGGCUUUGAGGGCGAGGAGAGGCGACCGUCCGUUGUCGGUGACCCCAAAUACAUCGCUCAUCCCGACGAAGACACUGGACUGCACGUGUCUGAGAGCUUCCCUCACAUGCACCAUCCCCUCAAGAUGCCCCACCACCACCACCACCACCGCCGCCAUCAACGCCGACGCCGCACAUCCUCAUCCUCUUCUGCCGUCGCCACGCCACCCCGCAGGAGCUCCGUGGACGACCAGGCGGUGGGCGGCAGUGAACUGGACGCCGCCGCCGCCACCGCCACCGCCGCCCUGCAGGAGAACGACGAGGCGACGAGUUCUUCAAAAGACGCCACGGGGCGCGAGACGCCACAAGGGCCGCCUGCCCUGCCUCCUGCCGACGUCAUCAUUGAGAUUCCCGCGGCUGCGACGCUCCCACAAGACGACUUCGUAGUCAUCGAUAUCCCGUCAACUCCUGCCAAGCCGUCAACUUCCGCGGAGCAGUCAACUCCCGCGGAGCAGUCAACUCCCGCGGUUCAGUCAACUCCCGUAAAGUCAAUUCUGGUCGGGACGUCAACUCCAGUCAAGACUUCAACCCCCGCCAAGCAGUCAACUCCCGUAAAGUCAAUUCUGGUCGAGACGUCAACUCCAAUCAAGACUUCAACGCCAGAUUCUGCCCCUGACUCCACCGCAGCUAAAUUUUCACGUCUCGAAGCCCCGCUUGCGUUGGGCCAGAGUGUCAGUGACGACGAGAGCGGCAGGAGGCUGCUUGCUGCCCGCGGGGGCGACCUGGUGAUUGGCUUGCCCCUGCAGCCCAAGCCCCCCAACUGGGUUGAGGACCAAGAGCCCCAGCAGAAGUGGCCCCAUGACUCGCGCGGGCCCUACGGCAGGGGCGGAGGCCCCGUGUAUGAUUACUAUGAGACCGACGACGACCGCGAGAUCACGCCGCUCAUGAGUCCUGCCAAGGCCAUCCAUAUCAAACCCAGCCGCCAACGCGUCGACUCGGAGGGCGUCUUGUCAUCCGAGGACGAUUCCAAGCACCAUAAAGUCAAGUUUAAUAUCGGCUCUGAUCCUGACGAAACUGAGCCAGAACACCACCAUAGUGACAAGCACCAAAAAAAUAAAAUUUACAAACCAAAGAAAAGCAGAAGACCCGGAUAUCGGGUCCGGCAGCAUCCUGGCAACCAGCACACCCUGGUGCAAUACCCGGGCACCGAGUCGUCUAUACCUGUAGAGGAGGCGGCACAGCUCGGCCCCAAGCACACGGACGACAUCGCAAGUCACAGAUUCGACGACGCGGCAGCCUACCACCGCACGAAGGUGCGCCCGCACAGACCGUCGGUGUCAGGAGUGUCGUCCCUGCCAGGGGAAGAGUUCAGGCACAUCAGCUCCUGGAAGCUCACCGCCGCUAUGAAGAAAAGCUACGAUCACGAGCCUCAUCCUAUGUUUGUGGAGCUAUGCGAGUUGAAGGAGUCUAGCAUGGGGCUGGAGUGGCGGCAGACGGCUCGCUGGAUCAAGUACGAGGAGAGCGUCGAGGGCGUGCAUAGCGACCGCUGGGGCAAGCCUCACGUCGCUUUCCUCAACUUCCACUCGCUCUUCUCCCUCAGGAAAGGACUUGAUAGAGGAGCUGUGCUUCUGGACCUAGAGGAGACGGACCUGACGGGGAUAGUGAAUAGGAUUGUUGAGUAUAUGAUUGCACGCGAUCAAAUCCCCGGUGACCAGAAGGAGGCCACUACCUCCACCUUGUUGGCCAGGGUACGCCACGUCAACGAGACGAGCUUUGCAGUGGCGAGGCGAGAGUCUCGCACCACCCUCGACGCGGACGGCAAGCUAGUUACCGUGUCGAGUGUCGUGGAGUCCGCCAGCUCCCACAGCCUCACUGGCAACCUUAGGGCGUCCAUCAGGAGGACCACAAUCCACAAAGUUCUCUCGAACCAGAGCCUGGGCAGCCGGCGCCACAGUUCGUUUGAGCGCAGCUUGACCGCGUCUCAGAACAACGGCGGUUUCAGGGACAGACUGCCUUCCUUCGCUACCAAACUAGACACUGUCGAAACUUUCAACGCCGAGACCGGCGAAGGGACCCGCGUCUCUGAGACCUUCCAGAACACGGACCUCAUGAGGAAGCUGAAGGAGGGCACCGAGGCCACGGCGGUGCUCGUGGGGGCCGUGGACUACCUCAAGGCCUCCACCAUCGCCUUCGUCAGGCUGGCGGAGGGCGUCGUGAUGGACAACCUCGUCGAGGUUCCCCUACCCGUUCGCUUCAUGUUCGUCCUGCUGGGGCCGUUCCAUGGCGAAAUGGAUUAUCACGAAGUGGGGCGAUCGAUUUCUACGCUGAUGUCAGACCAGCAUUUCAGUGAGGUGGCGUACCGCGCUCACUCUCGUGGGCAGUUGUUGUCGGCCAUUAACGAAUUCUUGAACGCAUCCAUCGUGCUUCCCGCAGCCGAGUGGACAAACACGAACCUUAUUCCAAUAGACCAAAUUAGAGAGAAGGCCCAGGAGAUGAUGAAAAGGAAGCGAACUCUUCGCAGAAAGCGCCUUGAGUCUGAGCCCCAGUUGCCAACUCAGCCUGUGAUGCAACCUAUUGAACUGCACGCCAAGGAAAAGAAAGAGGCACCCAUUCGCGACCCCAUGAAGCGCGUGGGCAAGCCCUUCUACGGCGUCUACAUGGACAUCAAGUCGCGUUUCCCUUUAUAUCUCAGCGACUUUAAAGACGGUUUGAGCCCUCAGGUCGUCGCUGCCGCUAUCUUCAUUUUCUUCGCCAGCCUCUCGCCAGCCAUCACUUUCGGUGGUCUGUAUGGUAGCAAGACGGGCGGACAGAUCGGUGUGGGUGAGACCCUGCUAUCUACUUGCAUUAAUGGCAUCGUGUUCGCUCUAUUCGGCGCCCAGCCGCUGCUCAUCAUCGGAGCCACCGGCCCUCUCAUGGUCUUUGACAUGGCACUCUUCUCGUUUGCGAAGUCGAUGGGACAGGAAUUCCUGGUGAUGCGGAUAUGGAUCAGCAUUUGGCAGACGGUGUUCGUGAUCAUCAUCUCGGCUGCUGAGGGCGUGACGGUCGUAAAGUACCUCACGCGCUUCAUCGAGGAAAUUUUCUCUACCUUCGUGUGCAUCAUUUUUAUCUUCGAAGCCUUUGAAAAACUUGUUUAUAUCUUCAUUGCCCACCCGCUGCUCCCCGAAUAUUGCUACGGAGAAGACAGCUUUUUGACGACCUUGUUUCAGUCCACUACUGACUACCCAGACCUAGACAACGUGACGUCCUCGGUAUCGCCAGUCGGUGCGGACAUGUUCACCAUAAGUUCAAUGAACAUGACCGAAGAUUUAAUGAACGUGACUGAAACUGCAUUAAUAUCGUCACCUGCUAAGCUUCCACCUCAACCCAACACUGCGCUAUUGUCCAUGUUUCUCAUGUUCUGCACGUUCCUCAUCGCCAUCAAGCUCAAGGAAUUCCGAAACUCAAAGUACCUCGGGCGCCAGAUUCGUCGCGCCGUGGGUGACUUCGGCGUGCCUAUUGCGAUCGUAUCCAUGCUACUGACGGACUACUUCAUCGAGUACACCUACACGGACAAGCUGACCAUGCCUGCUGGUAUCCAGCCCAGCGACCCUGCGUUCCGAGGAUGGUUUAUUAACCCCCUGGGCGAGCAUAAACCCGUCCCCAUCUGGGUAAUCUUUAUGUGCGCUCCUGCCUCCCUGCUGAUCCUCACGCUCAUCUUCAUCGAAGCCAAUAUAAGCCAACUGAUCCUAGCUAAACCAGAACGUAAAUUGAAGAAAGGGACAGGCUUCCACUGGGAUCUCGUUGUCGUGGCCAUCUGCAACAUGAUUUCUGGAUUCAUUGGUGCGCCAUUCAUGACCCCGGCUGUGGUGCGUACGCUGAGCCACGCAUCAGCUCUCACCAUCAUGGAUACCAAUGUGCCUCCUGGAGAGUCCCCAAAGGUCGUGGGUUGCGUAGAGCAGCGAGUCAGCGCUCUACUGGUGGCUGUGAUGGUCGGUCUAUCCAUCUUACUAUCGGUCGUCCUGAACCUGAUCCCGAACUCUGUGUUGUUCGGCGUCUUCCUUUACAUGGGCAUCUCAGCCACCGUCGGCAUCCAGUUGCUCGAGCGCCUUGUGCUAUUCCUCGUGCCUGUUAAAUAUCACUACAAUAUGCCCUACGUUAGAGAGGUGCGCACGUGGAAAAUGCAUCUGUACACGGCGGUGCAAGUCUCGAUGAUCGUGGUGCUGUGGGUGGUGAAGCAGUCCAUGUUCGCCCUCUGCUUCCCCUUCAUCCUGUUGAUGCUCAUCCCCAUCAGGUUCUUCGUCUUCCCCAGAGUUUUCUCUCCUACGGAACUCCGCGCUCUGGACGGCGCUGCGCUGCCACCAACGGACGGCGACGAGCCUGACUUCUACGAAGAGUCGCACAACAUUCGCUCCCCUCCCGCCCACGACGGCGACGAUGAUCACGGCGACUAACGCAAGCAGAGAUAGACGUCUUUUUUACUGCCCAGGUCACAGGAACCUCACAUCGUACCUUGUCUUCCUUAUAUUAUGUCUCCUAAGAUCGUAGUCAACAAGUUGUUAUCUACAAAUGUGCCUUGGCGUAGUUACGCUCCCUAGGGUUUGGCCAAUGUUUUGGGACCUUUUUCUGGAACUGCCCAGAAGUGAUACAAAAAUAUGACCUGAGGUCGAGUGGUGGAUACAAGUGCCUGAAAGUAUGCUUAUCGAAGGUAUUCAAAUUGCAACUAUGAAAAAGCCUAGAAAAUUUCUCAGGAAUUUGCUAUUUUUCCUUUAGUAUUUCAACAAGGAAGCUUCCAAUGUAUGCGAGGUAGAAUUUACGGGAAAUAAAUCCUAGAAUGUGUCCUGCAAAGAUUUACUUGGCCUUAAGCCGAGUUUAUAACAAUUAUUUCUUCGUCAGUGUAAUGUGCAAUAAGUUAAAGUUAUUCGAUAAAAAUUAUUUUUGAUAUUAUAAGAUAGAUUUCCUUCUCUACCAGCUCGAUUUUGUCUGCAGAGGUGGUGUCGAGCGAUAGAAACUUACUCUCAUCAUUAUAGUGAAGAAAAUCAGAUUUUAAUGUGGAAAAUACUGUAAUUUUUACCUAAUGAGGCAAAUUUUGCUCCAAUUAUGUAUUCAAAAGUUGUAUUCGUGACCAGACAAUGAAGGAGUUGUGGUAUUUUUCUUGUCAAUUUUCGCAAAAAUUUUAAAAUGGAAGUGAUAGGAAAGUUUUGAUAUGCUCAAUAUCUGUUAAUGCUUUCGUGUCCAUUCGUGGAUAGAAUAUUUUUAUUUAUACGUUAUACGUGAAAUUUCUUGUUACUGCCUCUGUGAGAAAAACGUAUAUUUUUUAAAUACCUGUAGUAGAGUUGUUGCUCCGGGGCGGAGAUGAUUUGUUGAUAUGCUUGACUAGACAACAUAUAAACUUUCCGCCAUUCAGUCUUCAAAUGUUUCAUUUAAGCUUAGAAUUGAUGCCAUAUUGCUCCUCCAUAUGCCACUCAAUGUAGUAACCAUAAGCAGAUCUUCUGUUCGGGAUUUAUGUGUUAAGAAUUGACACAGUGUAUUUCUUGCGUUGACGAGGGACUCGCCACACGGUUACUCGUGCCAAGCUUGAGUUAAUACUUCUAUUUAAUCCAGCAUUAUCAAUGUUUAUUCAAUCUCUAAUUCAAAGUAUGCGUAUCUUCAUCAUUUUGGCUUGUCUGAUUUAAGUUCCUAGCCCGCUCAAUCUGUCACUGUCAACGGCGGACAAAGGUUUGCAGUCGGACAUGCGCGCCUGUGCGCUUCAUCAAAGGACCAAAACUUGCGGAUAGCAAUGAUCACUCGUCAACUAUGGACCAAAAAUUCGUAAUAGCAAUUAUCACUCGUCAAUCGAAGGACCAAAAAUUGGUGAUGAAAAGGAUAACUCGUUCGUGAAGGACCAGGAAUUGGGGAUAAGAAUAAUCACUUUCACGAUAUGCUGCUGCUGUCUAAUUUGCUAUCUGCCUCAAUUCACUUCCUCUACAACCUACUUCUUCUCUUGUAUCACUGCGAAUUUUUUUUCUAUCAAGUAAUAAGUAUUUAGCUCGAGAAAAUGACUAGGCUCUCGAUUACAAUUUGAAUAGGUAUAUUUUUUGUGAAAUUCCUGCGUUCCUUAUCACCUUGAGCUAUUCAAGUGUAAUUAUAUAAGAAGCAAAAUCAGAACGGUUCUCUCCCAGGGAAACUCGAUCUAUUAUUCGUGAUUCUCCAAGUACAAAUUUCCCCGUUUGCGCCUGGUUUUGUGAAGUAUUGUCUUUUAUUCCCCUCAUGCACUUCAUUUCUUCCCUCUUCAGUUUCUUUCGAACCGAAAAUAAGAUUAACGCUGUUUUAUGAUUUACUAUUGCAAUUCUCGCUACAGCCCGCGUCAGUUGAUAGCCUAGUUUCAGGUUGUCACUCAAGUUAACGGAAUCCUCGGUUUAUGUAUGCGAAAUUUUUCUCCUCAGACACUUUAAUGUGCGUUAGCGUAAUUUGAGUUUCUUAAGCUGUUUUGAUUAAUUCUGCCUCCUUAAUAUUUAUACUCCCGUCCAGCAGCUUGAGCCAUAUGAGCUGCAAACAUCCACUCGGUAUUGCGAUCUCCAGUUGCCUUCAUCAAAGAUCACAAUUCAUUUCAAUUGCUCAAGGAUUAUACUCGAUGAAUGUUUCAGGCAGUAUAUUCCACUCAUGAACGCGCCUGUAGAAUAUUCUAUAGGUGUACUCGUAAAAGUUUUAUUUUCUAAAUAAGUUUAUUAAUGUAUUAAAGAGUUACUUAUAACGGCUCACAUGUUAUCUAUGCCUGCUUACUUCUCUUGCUUCCUCAAGACAAUAUUUCAAAGAACGCAGACAGUUGCAGUUUGAUAGCAAUAUUUAAUUCUGAAUUUCCAUGUAAAAAUUAACUCCAUGCUGAGUGUCAUUUCUGGAGAACUAACCACAGCAACAAAUGUAUUCGCCCAUUAUAUUGUCCUAUUGUAUUGCUUAUGUCUUGAGAAUGAGAACUUGUUUCGAAGACAAUUUACCGCUGUUGUGACGCGUGUGCUUAAGCAAUGUACUUAUCUUCCGUAUUCUUAGUACUUAAUGCUUGUAAUUAAGUUUGUAAUCUUUAUACUUAAGUUUAGUGUGUUCUAUCUGAUGCUCAUGUUAUCAUUGUUGCUGAAUAAAAAGUUUAGUUGGUGAGUUUAAAAUUAGCAGUUUUAAUAAUUACAUUAAUUAUUAAAUUAAGUUUUUUGUUACAUUUGAUAUUUUCAACGUAAUAUUUAUGGCAUAAUAGUGCACAAAAGUAGUCACAAAUUUUCAGGAAGCCUUCCCUGAAAAAGCCUUCGCUCUACUUAUCAAAUUUUUGUGGUGUAGUUUGUUUCUCUUGUGUUGAUUAGCAUUUUAUUUUAAAUGCUGCACUAUAAGUGACGCAUGAAUAACUGAGAAGGUGGCCACUUCUUUCUUACAAAACGUCUGCAAGGCAAUUGCAGCUACCAGAGCAAGUACUCAAUACAGUUGUAUAGUAAAUUU